AUGGAAAGCCUAUCUUCUAAACCAUUCUUUGUUGCAUCCCUUUUCAUAGUACUUGCCAUUUGUUCCUACAUGAACUCAAGCUUAGCCGCUACACCUAACCAGCUAAGCUCUGAGUUCUUUACCAAUUCUCCGACCACCCACGACAGCCAGAUCAAGGAAAAGGCCUUUGCUACUGACAUCAUUACAACAUCUGUUGCCUUGACCAUUUCUCCGACCACUGGCGACAGCCGGAUCAAUGAAAAGUCCUUUGCUACUAAGAUCAUUACAACAUCUGCGCCAGCCACCUAUAUCCCAGAUUCAACAUGCACUUCAACCAAUCACAAAGUUGCACCUGCACCAUCGCCGGAGUUUCCUGUCCUACGCCGGAAGCUUCUUAAGGGUCAUACCCGGCCAUCUGCUCCGAAUCCAGGCACUUAUAUCCCACCUUCAACAAGCUCUUCAACCAAUCACAAAGGUGCACCUGCACCAUCGCUGGAGUUUCCUGUCCUACGCCGGAAGCUUCUUAAGGGUCAUACUCGGCCAUCUGCUCCGAAUCCAGGCACUUAUAUCCCACCUUCAACAAGCUCUUCAACCAAUCACAAAGCUGUACCUGCACCAUCGCCGGAGUUUCCUGUCCUACGCCGGAAGCUUCUUAAGGGUCAUACUCGGCCAUCUGCUCCGAACCCAGGCAGCUAUAUCCCACCUUCAACAGGCUCUUCAACCAAUCACAAAGCUGCACCUGCACCAUCGCCGGAGUUUCCUGUCCUACGCCGGAAGCUUCUUAAGGGUCAUACUCGGCCAUCUGCUCCGAAUCCAGCCACCUAUAUCCCACCUUCAACAAGCUCUUCAACCAAUCACAAAGCUACACCUGCACCAUCGCCGGAGUUUCCUGUCCCACGCCGGAAGCUUCUUAAGGGUCAUACUCGGCCAUCUGCUCCGAAUCCAGCCACCUAUAUCCCACCUUCAACAAGCUCUUUAGCCAAUCACAAAGCUACACCUGCACCAUCCCCAGGCACAGUACUAUAA